AUCAAAACCAAUGAAGCUUCCCAAUUAUUACGUUUUAAUCAUCUUCUUUUCAAUAACCACCGCGACAACAAAAUUAGUUCCCCGUUACGCAAAGCCCGGAUGCAACGAGAAAUGCGGGAACUUAACAAUUCCAUACCCUUUUGGAAUCGGUCCCAACUGUUUCCUCAACCGCUGGUACGCUGUUAAUUGCAAGUCCUCAAAACCUUAUUUAUCCGCUCUAAAACAACUGCCAUUGUUGGGUGUAAAUUUGUAUGAACAAGUGGUUCUUGUCAAUAUCCCAGUGAGGUCUUAUUGUCAAGCCCAUACUUGGAACAGCAGCCAAAUCCUAAAUCUCGGUGACAGCCCAUUUUUGUUUUCCAAGUUUAAUAACAAAUUCUUCUUUGAAGGGUGUGGUACUGUUGCCGUAUCCAGCGGUGGAAAUGCGGUCACCGGGUGCUCGGUGAUACGUUGCGAGCCACAUGAACGUUUGAAUAGAAGUAGUUGUGAUGAAAUGGGGACCAACUGUUGCCAAACAAACGUUCCUUAUUAUCUGAAGAAUUACAGUAUGAAUGUGACUAGCAAUCAGUCAUGUGUUUCCGCCUUCUUGGUGGCUGAUGUUGGUACGUUGUUUCCGAACAAAUCUUUUCCUGGGGACAGACCGGAAAGUUCUUCGAUCCCAACAGUACUUAACUGGACGCUACCAGAACGUUAUUUUACUAAAGUAAACUGUGGUUAUAAUUUCAGCACACUUGAGUUAAAGAUGGGUUUGCACACUUCAGUAUUUACUGGGAAAUGUAGCUGUCCGUAUGAAUUUAAUGAAGGAAACCCUUAUCUAUCUGGAGAAUGCAAAGUCACCGAAGAAUGUACAAAGUGCAUGGAAAUGUCUGGCUUUUGUGUGUACAAAGUAUCAUAUGGUGGUAGACGGACCUUCAUUUGUGAUCAAAACGUUGAUCACCAUGGUAGAAGCAAAUCCAGAGCUGCUUUUCUAGGUGUUGGCAUAACUAUUUUGGUCCUCUUUCUUACGGCCCUAGGCAUUGUAUUGUACAAAGUAAUACAAAGAACCAAAGACAAAAGACUGAAAAAGAUAUGUUUUGAACGUAAUGGGGGACUACUUUUGAAACAACAAGAAGCAAGAAACGAGGGUUUGGUUGGUGAAACCAGGAUUUUCACAUCCAACGAGCUGGAAAAGGCAACAAACUACUUUAACAAGAAUAUGAUUAUUGGCAGAGGAGGCCAAGGUACAGUAUACAAAGGCAAGUUGAAUGAUGGAAGGAUGAUAGCAGUCAAGAAAGCAAAUGCAGUUGACCAAAGUCAACUAAAGCAAUUCAUCAAUGAGAUGGUAAUUCUAUCACAAGUUAAUCAUAGAAAUGUCGUCAAACUACUAGGAUGCUGCUUAGAGACUGACGUUCCUAUACUAGUUUCAGAGUUCAUUUCAAAUGGGACUUUGUAUGAGCAUAUUCAUCAUGAGAAUACAAGGGUUAUCCUAUCAUGGAGCACUCGAUUACAGAUUGCUAUAGAGGUAGCAGGAGCACUAGCUUAUUUGCAUUCAGCAAUGUCAAUUCCAAUCUACCAUAGGGACAUCAAAUCAACUAAUAUACUUUUGGAUGAAGAAUAUAGAGCCAAAAUAUCUGACUUUGGAACUUCAAGAUUUGUCUCAAUUGGUGUAACUCACUUAAGCACCUUAGUCCAAGGAACAAUUGGUUACCUGGAUCCAGAGUACUUUCAAUGUAGCCAGCUCACUGAAAAAAGUGAUGUUUAUAGUUUUGGAGUUGUUUUGGUGGAACUAUUAACAGGAGAAAAACCAUUUUCAUCAAGUAGAUUUGGUGAAAACAGAAGCUUGGCUGCACACUUUUUGAUGGGUUUUGAAGAGGGUCGAGUGAUGUCUAUUCUUGAUGCAAAUAUGGUGAGAGAGGGCGGCAGGGAUGUGUUAUUGGAAGUAGCUAACCUAGCAAUAAAAUGCUUAAAUUUGUGUGGGAAAGACAGGCCAACAAUGAAAGAGCUAGCCAUAGAGUUGGAAAGAGUUGGAACCUCACAAAAGUCUUUUGAUGGCUAGCUAGAUCUGAUUUUGGAAAAGUGAAUACAGUAUGUUGGAGAAGAAGAGUUACUGAUGCUAACAUAGGGGGAGUCAAAAUCAACCAACAUGAUAUAGCUACGAUUUUUUUUAUAUGAUACUAUGAUGUACUAAACUUAAGAUAUGUUACGAAGAAGA